AUGGAUGGAGCAAGUGUGAGAGUUCUAGCCUCUACGAUAAAAGACUUCGGCGGUCGUGUUGUGAGAGUGGUUGGAAGCGUGGAGAACAUUGAUUUUGGUUCGAAUACGGCAACCAUCAAUGCGGAUGGUCCCAUUCAGGUUAUCUUAAACGGAGGUGAAGAUCUAGAAGUGGGCAAGAUCUUUGAAAUUAUUGGCAAAGUGAGUGCAUCUGAUUAUAAGAUCCACUUCUACUCUUCGACGCGUUUCUCCGACAACACAAACUUGGAAUUGCACAAUAAGCUAGCUGCCUUUGUUCCCAAGGUGCCUGAGCUUUUCUACUAA